AUGCCCACGGCCCGCAGCGUCCUCAUCUUGGCGGGGCUCCUGGCUCUCUGGGCAGAGCUGCCGGCAGCAUCCGCCCAGAAUGACACCACAAAAGCCGGCGUGUGCCCGAGCCCCGCGAUGGAUGCGGUGAACUGCACAGUGGGGUGCCAGUCCGAUGGCGACUGCGAGAGCACCCUCAAGUGCUGCCCGGCAGCCUGCGGCAAGGCCUGCCAGAAGCCUGACGAGAAGCCUGGCACCUGCCCACCUGUCAACCCAGGCAUCCCCAUGCUGGGCCUCUGCACCAACCAGUGCAAGACCGAUGCCAACUGCUCCGGGAUCCAGAAGUGUUGCAGGAAUGGCUGCGGCAAGGUCUCCUGUGUGACGCCCAUCCACUGA